AUGCAAGGAGUCGUUUUGCGACAGAAGAAUGGCACCGCAUUUCAGGACAAGUACAAGGCAUACUGGGCAGACCGGGCUGACGCUGAUGACACAGUGACCGAAGUGGUAAAGAAGCAUAUCUUCAAGAUGGUCGCCGUUACAAAGAUCGUGGAGGUUAACAAGAGUGUACAUGAGAUAAAUCGAGAGAUCUCUGACGAAGAGUUGCUUGAUAUCGACAACGGAGGCGUUCUUGACAUCAGUAAAGGUGUGAUCGAGGAAGAGAAAUUGGCUCAUUUGAGAGGCAUCGGAGUCAUCCACCCAUAUCAACUGGAAACAUCAUGUGAACCCCUUGUCAAUGCCAUUGAAAAAAUCCCUCCAACAACUCACGCAGAUUUCAAUUUCGUUGAAGUUUUUGGCACUCAUUUUCCCGUUAAUCCUCACACGUCAAAGAAAUUAGAACGCGAUGUCGCUCGUCACACCAGCAUCAUCGUGCUCAAUAACUUGUUCUUGGCUGAUAAUGACAUUAUCGACCUCUGCUGGCUUGAAAGAUCGACUGACCAUACUGAUAGCAAGAUUUUCUUUGAACCUUUGAGUUUACUCGACCACCACCCUUAUUCAAAGCGAACUCAUUGCAUUUGUUACCUGCUCCAUCACGCCAAAGGAGCUACAGAAGUUUAUCUCCUCGACAAGCACCAUGUUCGCUUGGAAGUCAGCCGUCGUGAAUUUUGCAUCUGA